AUGAAUACUGAGAACAAUAGUAGCGGAAAUGAGAGUGAAGUAGUAUCUAGACAGAAUGAAUCAAAAAAGAGGAAAAAGUACGGCAGAAUGAGAGAUGUCAUGAAAAAGAUUAGACUGCAGAGCCACGAGGUAGGUGCAAACUGUAACUGUCGUAAACAAUGUUUUCAAAAUGUACCUGAAGAAGCAAGAAAAACCAUUCUCAAGAAUUUUAACGCAAUGACUUCUAUUAAUGAGCAGAACUCCUACUUAUGUGGAUUGAUUACGGUACUCCUCAUUCGCCGAAGAAGGCCUAGGAAAGAUGAAGACGUAGCAAAUUUGAGAAGUAGUGCAUAUUCUUACAGGGUACGUUUUAGAACUGAUAAUAGCUUACAGGAAAUAAAUAUUUGUAGACAAGCUUUUAUGUCUGUUCAUGGAAUAAAGAAAAACAAAUUAGAGAUACUACAAAAGUCACUAAAAAUGACUGGAGUCGCUCCAAAAGAUAAAAGAGGAGAAAAUAAAAACCAUCCUAGGAAAUUUGAUGCUCACGUUCUUGCAGCAAUAUAG